AUGGCAGUCUAUGAUGGGCUGGGGACCCUGGGCAUUGGUUCCACCUGCACGAGCCGGGUCCAGCAGCGUGAUGUGAUUGAAGUGUACUAUGGUGACAAUCGCUUUGGGACAAUGACCGACUCUGGCACAGCAACACUUAAACCUCGUCCGAGAGUCCGGCCGCUGCUGACUUUCUUACCCCUUAAUGCCCAAGAAUCUCAUGGGGUGGCUGUGCCAACACCGUCGGUGCCAGAAGACUUCGAGGAAAAAGCAGCUCUUGGCUCUGGCUCCCAGAUCAAUGGGAACUACCGAAUGUACAGCUCGGUGGGGGACCUGCGCCCACAGGCUCUCAAGGGGGACGACCUAGAUGAAGACAUCCCUCCACCGCCAUCGGUACCCCCGCCACCCCCUCCAACGGCACUGGCACCUGUGCCACCACCUCCAGACUCGCCGGUCCCUCCACCACCUGAAAUGCUGCCUCCACCACCACCUGAGAUGGUACCACCACCUCCUGCCAUGGCACCUCCACCACCUCCAGCCUCUGCCCUGUCCUCCCCCAGCACACCAGCUCCUCCAGACUUCAUCCCACCAGCCCCGCUGGGUGCCUCGCCGCUCAGCCAGGCCUCGGUGCCCUUCACCACUGGCAUCUCCAAGUGGAAAUCUGAAACGGUGCUGAACACUAGGCAGGCAGACGCUGAGGGGCCGCUCCACCCUGCCGAGGAUGGGGUGCCGGCUGCCCCCGGCCCAAAGGAGAGCCUGCAACCCAAGCACUGCCCUGAGCCCCACCUGACCUUCCCCAGGUCCUUCAAGGUGCCCCCACCGGCCCCAGCCCGAUCCUCCUCCAUCCCCGUGCAGGACAGUCAGCCUGUCCGACAGGAGCCCUUCCCCAGGCAGCCUCACGCCCGGCCUCCCCUCCCGCCCUGCUUCACCAUAAGACCCGCAGCCAAGGCUCACAUGGGAGGAGAAGCCAAGCAAAGAAAUUCCCCACUGAGACAGGCUGUUGCGAAGCCGGCUGUGCCGAGCCCCCUGCCGCUGAGCCCCAAGCCGGGUCCAGGGUUCGGCCAAGGGACGAAUCCUGAUGGUCGCCGGUCCCCGCUGCCAGGCUCCGAGAUGGAGAAGGUUCCCCAGCUGAAAACAGCCGAGAGAGACUCUCCUCCAAAAUCCGAAUCUCUCUCUGCGAACGACCUGGACCUUCCCCCUCCAGACUACCCGACCUGCGAGGACGACUGGAGGGACGCCAGCAAUCUGAACAGGCUGCGGCAUGAGCUCUCGGCCCUCCUGCGCUCCCCACGGAGGGAGGAGAGGCUGCCGGAGAAGCCGGCUGCUCCCCAGCCCACGGAUGGUGGUACUGACCAUGCCGGCAGCCAUAGGCCCAGUCUCAAUGGGCCCCAACUUGCUGGACCUGCUGGGAAGGAUGCAUGGUUACCCACAGGAGGAGAGACCGAGAAGAAAGAGGUGCCCAGCAGCCCCCCCAGUGCCAAAGGGGGCUCUCCCAGCAUGGUGCUCCCCGCUCCGGAGAGCAACCCUGCCACGCAGACCCACAGCGUGAUGAAAAUCAGGAACGAGCUGGAGGCUGUGCUUUCCCUGAAGAAAGAAGGGAAACCUGCUCUGGGGCUCAGCAGCCAGAAGCAGGGCACCGAGGAUGGCAGCAGCACCCCAUGUAUGAGGAAGAGUCCCCCUGACCCGAGGAAGAGCCCUCCUGACCCAGGUGACUCGGUGCUGCUGAAACUGGCCCCAAGCUCACUCCCAGCACCAGUGGCUGCAGUGGAGAAAGAUGAGACGGGGCACGAGGACCAUCCCACUCCUGCUGCUAGCAAGGCCACAGAGAACUUGACCCCUGCUCCCAGGUCCCUCAACAGCAGUGUGAGCCCCCCAGACCCACCUCAGGGACCAGUGGAGGAGCCCCCUGCUCCCACCUCCCCCUUGCCCCCCAUUUCUCCUGCACAGAGCCCAGCACCGGAGCCCAAUGCAGCCAUCUUCCAGUACAAAGUGCACCGAGCUGGGGCCAGUUCAGCCAAACCACCCUGCACCUCGAGCUCGGCCGAACCACCCUGCCCCACAAGCUUGGCCAGGAGCCCGCCGGGCGCCUCGGGAGCAGGGCAAGAGGAGGUGCUGAUCCACCCCGUGACGGGCGAGCGUGUGGAGCGGGGGUCCCCAAUGGCGCUGCUCCUGGCGGCCCGGCAGCGUGCCCAGUAUGGCCCUGGGGGGUACAGCCCCCCGGCCGGGGAGGGGGUCCGCCGUGUCGGCUCUGCCCACAGGAACGGCCCCACGAGCGUGCAGGGCAGGCGGACGUCCAUCGAUGCUGCUGGGAAAGCCACACCGUAUGGCAGUGCCGGGGCUGAUGCCAAGUACAAGGGGCAGAACGGGGAUUUCUCGCCCGCCAGCGUGGUGGCAGCCAGCAGACCUGCUCAUGGCAGCUCGCAGUAUGGCUAUGGCGGACCCAGCAACACCUUCACGGUCAGGCCCGGGACACGGCAGCCCAUCUCCUACGCCUACCAGAGCGGCCACCGAUAG